CAUUCCAUACAUAUCAAUAUAUAGAAACUCAGCUGCAAAAACAGUCAGCUUUGAAUUUGUUGUUUUUGUGAUGUCACAGAAACCAACACAUUUAUAUUUACUCAUCGUCCUUGAGGAGUUAAGCCCCCUUUUCAAGUUGUUAUUUAAAAAGAGUGUUUCAGGGCAAAGUGUUUUUUGCAUGAGGCAUCCAAUCAGAGGAAAAGUUAUUUAAAUAUGCAUAGACCUUAAAGGCACAGUAGCAAAAACAGUUCAAUUAAGUGGAACCUAUAAAGAGAAGUUGAUGAAUUAUGAAUGAUGACUGUUUUCGGUACAUUAAAGACAAAAUACAAGAACAAAAUUUGGGAUAUGGCUUCUUAAAAAAGUAGACUAAGCUGCUGAGCUUCUUUAAGUCAAAUUGAAUCUCUUUAUCCUGUGUUUAGCAGUGUUUUUGCCACAUAUGACCAAAGAGUACUAUGUUACUGUGCUAGUAGGCCAACAGAGUGUUACAUAAGGGAGGUGUCUACAUUCGGGGCUCGAUCUCCAGAGCGCCAGUGAUUCGUUGUGAGUCAACAACAGUUUGUCAGCUGAAAAGUUUAUCCAUUUCUUUUCGGAAGUUGAGCGAACGGCUGAUUUCCGCUUCCUUCGCCCGAGCUCCAGCAGUGAAGUGAAGAUGGCGGCGGCUGAAACUGAUCGUGAAGUCCCGUCUGCUCUCUGCAGCGAAUUCCUCAAUUUUUCAGCCAAGGACACCGCUGCGAAAUGGCUGCAGGCAAUCGAUCUGCCCAAAGAGGUCUAUCAGCACCUUGCUCGCUAUGUGCCCAAGAUAUAUUGUCUGGGGCCCAACCUGAACCCUCAGAGUGAAGACCUGCUAGCCCAGCUGCUUCUACAGGCUCCACUGGAGUGGUACCUCUGUGGGGAAGAGCCGUCACUUGGCCUGGCAAAGCUAGAACAGAGCAACCAACCUUCUCAACUCUGUGGCCAUGUUUUUAAAGUGGGGGAGCCCACAUACUCCUGCAGGGAAUGUGCAGCAGACCCAACCUGUGUGCUGUGCAUGCAGUGCUUUUUGGGCAGUGUACACAAAGAGCAUCGAUACAGGAUGACGACCUCAGGGGGAGGGGGCUUCUGUGACUGUGGUGACACAGAGGCCUGGAAAAAGGGCCCUUACUGUCAGAAACAUGAACCUAACAUCAGUGACUCCUCCCAGGAGGAUCCCCUUGCCAAUCUCUCUGCAGACAUGAUUGCACGUACAUACAAUAUCUUUUCUAUCAUCCUGAAAUAUGCUGUGGACAUGCUGACCUGGGACAAGGAAGAUGAACUCCCUCAAGGCCUUGAACCACCGGAACGUGGAGAUACUUAUUACUGCAUGCUGUUUAACGAUGAGGUUCACACUUAUGAGCAGGUCAUCUACACACUACAGAAAGCGGUCAACUGCACACAGAAAGAGGCUGUCAGCUUUGCAACUACAGUGGACAGAGAUGGGCGGAAAUCUGUGCGCUAUGGGGAUUUUCAGUUCUGUGAACAGGCCAAGUCUGUUAUUGUGCGGAACACAAGUCGUCAGACGAAGCCCCUCCGGGUUCAGGUUAUGCACUCCUCAGUGGUAGCUCACCAGUGCUUUGCUCUCAAAGCCCUCACCUGGCUUGGACAGAUCAUCAGAUACUCAGAUGCCCUGAGGAGGAUUUUGUGCCAGGUGGGACUGCAGAAAGGUCCUGAAGGAGAAAACUCUUCUCUAGUGGACACUCUCAUGCUCUGCGACUCAAAGAUGUGGAAAGGUGCAAGGAAUGUUUACCACCAGCUGUUCAUGAGCAGUCUUCUCAUGGAUCUGAAGUACAAGAAGCAGUUUGCUAUUCAGUUUGCAAAGAAUUACCAGCGCCUCCAGACAGAUUUUAUGGAGGACGAUCACGAGCGCUUAGUGUCAGUGACCUCUCUGUCAGUGCAACUCUUCACCGUCCCCACCAUGGCACGGAUGCUGAUCACAGAGGAGAAUCUGAUGACCACUAUCAUCCGCACUUUUUUGGAUCACUUGAGACAUCGAGACCUGCAGGGACGAUUCCAGUUUGAGCGCUACACUGCACAACAGGCCUUCAAAUUCCGCAGAGUCCAGAGCCUUAUAGGAGACCUCAAAUAUGUCCUGAUUAGCUGUCCAACAGAAUGGACUGACAAACUCAGGGAGAAGUUUCUGGAAGGACUUGACGCUUUCUUGGAGCUACUUAAGUGUAUGCAGGGUAUGGACCCAGUAGUACGACAGGUGGGGCAGCACAUUGAGAUGGAGCCAGAAUGGGAGGCAGCCUUCACAUUACAGAUGAAGCUCACACACAUCAUCUCAAUGAUGCAGGAAUGGUGUGCCAGUGAUGAGCGAGUGCUGAUUGAAGCCUAUAAAAAGUGCCUGACAGCGCUGACUCACUGCCACAGCGGCUUUACUGAUGGAGAGCAGCCUAUUACUCUGAGCAUGUGUGGACACUCUGUGGACACCAUCCGCUACUGUGUCUCCCAGGAGAAAGUCAGCAUCCACCUCCCAGUGUCUAGACUACUGGCAGGACUUCAUGUUCUCCUUAGCAAAUCAGAAGUAGCUUACAGAUUCCCUGAACAGCUACCUCUGAGUGAACUGAGCCCCCCCAUGCUGAUUGAACACCCGCUUCGCUGCCUUGUUCUCUGUGCCCAGGUGCAUGCUGGGAUGUGGAGGAGAAAUGGAUUCUCAUUAGUCAAUCAAAUCUACUACUAUCACAAUGUGAAGUGCAGAGUAGAGAUGUUUGAUAAGGAUCUCAUGAUGCUACAGGCGGGAGCCUCCAUGAUGGAUCCUAACCACUUCCUGAUGAUUGUACUUAGUCGAUUUGAGCUCUUUCAUAUCUUCAGCUCAGCAGACUGCAGGAAAAGAUACAACAGAGAGAGUGCCAACAAGGAUGUGGUCCAGCAGAACAGCACUUUGAUUGAGGAGAUGCUGCACCUCAUCAUAAUGGUUGUGGGUGAACGGUUUGCGCCAGGCAUUGGGCAAGUGGAGAACUGUGAUGAGCUCAAGAGAGAGAUCGUUCAUCAGCUUUGUAUUCGGCCAAUGGCCCACAGUGAGCUGGUCAAAGCCUUGCCUGAGAAUGAGAAUAAGGAGACAGGGAUGGAGAGAGUCAUUGACAGUGUUGCUUUGUUUAAGAAACCGGGAGUGACUGGCAGAGGGCUAUAUGAACUGCGGCCGGAGUGUGCCAAGCAGUUCAAUCUCUACUUCCACCACUACUCAAGAGCUGACCAAUCCAAGGCAGAAGAAGCCCAGCGAAAGCUCAAGAGGCAGAAUGGAGAGGACUCGGCUUUGCCGCCGCCGGUGCUGCCUCCAUUCUGCCAGCUGUUUGCCAGCCUGGUGAAUAUUCUGCAGUGUGAUGUGCUGCUAGGCAUGCUGGGAGCCGUGCUGCAAUGGGCUGUGGAGCCCAGUGGAGGACACUGGUCUGAGUCCAUGCUGCAGAGGGUUCUGCACUUGAUAGGCAUGGCUCUGCUGGAGGAGCAGCAGCAGCUAGAAAGCAGCUCUGAAGACAAUGAAGUCACCUUCAAUUUCACCCUCAAAAUCUCCCGCCCUGGCGAAGCUCCCAGCAACACUCCCAGUAUCCUGGCUCUGCUGGAGACCCUGCAGAAUGCUCCUCACCUGGAAGUGCACAAAGAUAUGAUCCGCUGGAUCCUGAAGAUGGUGGGCAGCAUUAAAACCAUGCGGGAGCGCACAGCUGCUGCACCUUCCCCUGAAGGAAGUGGACACUGCCAAGAACAGACGGUGCGGGAUAAAGACAAAGCAGAGAGGAAGAGGAAGGCUGAGAUGGCAAGACUGCGCAGGGAGAAGAUCAUGGCUCAGAUGUCGGAGAUGCAGAGGCACUUUAUCAACGAGAACAAGGAGCUAUUCCAGCAAAGCCUAGAGGAGCUGGACGCCUCUACCUCUUCGUCACAAGAACACAGCCCCAGUUCAUGGGACAGUGCUCUGGUGUGCGUGGGGCCACGACGGUGGCGUGCAGGCGGAGGCGAGAGAAGGCAGUUGGUAACGUGUAUCCUAUGUCAAGAGGAGCAGGAAAUCAGACCUGACGGCAGAGCGAUGGUGCUUGCAGCCUUCGUCCAGCGCUCCACAGUCAUGUCCAAAAACCGCAAGAGACCCCCUCACAACCCUGAGAGCUAUGAUCCCCUGUUCAUGCACCCUGACUUGUCCUUUGGUACACAUACGGGCAGCUGUGGACACAUCAUGCACUCUCACUGCUGGCAAAGGUAUUUUGAGGCAGUGCAGGCUAAGGAGCAGCGCAGGCAGCAGAGACUGAGGGUGCACACUAGUUAUGAUGUAGAGAAUGGAGAGUUCUUAUGUCCACUCUGCGAGUGUCUUAGUAACACAGUCAUUCCUCUCCUGCCUCUCACCAAGACCUCCUGCAGUAGUGAGCAACCAGGUCUGUCUCUAUGGCUGAAUACUACCUCUCAGCAGAUCAAAGCCUUGCACUCUGCUCAAAGGAAGGCCAAGCCCACAAAUGCUGCAGUGACAAGUGAGACCCAGACUGUGGAAGACUAUCCUCCCCCUGAGGGCUUCAGACUGGACCACACACCAGUGAACCCCUACUCCAGCUCCAUAAAGGAGAUGCUGACAACGUUUGGCACAGCGACAUAUAAAGUUGGCCUUAAGGUGCACCCAAAUGAGCAGGACCCUCGUGUGCCUAUCAUGUGCUGGGGCAGCUGUGCCUACACUAUCCAAUCCAUAGAGAGAUUGUUGGUAGACGAGGAGAAGCCUUUGUUUGGAAGUUUACCUUGCAGACAGGAUGACUGUUUACGUUCACUGGCCCGGUUUGGCUCUGCGUGCUGGUCCGUCUCUUCUCUUUCCACUGUGCAGAGUCACUUUAUUCGACUGUUAUCAGCCCUGGUUCCUGAUCCCCAGGUGGAGAAUUCUCCCUGUAUUGUGGAUGUGGAUAUGUUUCAUCUGCUGGUGAGCCUGGUACUAUCGUACCCAGCAGUGCACUGCCAGGACUCGUCAGGCCUUAGUGUCGAUGCUGCUCAGCUUCAUCUCCUUCACUUGGUCACUGUGGCUCAUCUGGUCCAGAUUCUGCUCACCUCUGUACCAGUGGAACUGACCAUGGAGCAGGAAAGUGGAGGAGUAGAGCGGGAGGAGGAAGAGAGUGUUGGUCUCCUCUAUAACACUCUGAAGACUCAUCUUGGCAGUGGCCUACACGAGAUGAGCUCAGGGUGGCACCUCUGGCGUUGUGUAAAGACUGGCAUCCUGCCCUUCCUGAGGGGAGCAGCUCUUUUCUUUCACCAUCUCAGUGGAGUGCCAGCUCCACCUGAGCUCCAAGCUCUUGGCGCAGGUGAAUGGGAGGCUUUAUGUACAUACCUUUGUCUGCCUCCCAACCUGCUACAGCUCUAUUAUAUUCACAAGGAAGUUUUGGAGCCUCUACUUCAGGGGUGGUGCUCUCAUCCAGUCAUGCGUCAGUGCCUCCAGGCUCCUAAAACCCUUAUAAGUUAUCCUAGAGAGUCUAAUAGGCUUAUUGAACUGCCAGAGGACUACAGUGCCCUCAUCAACCAAGCCUCUAGCUUCACCUGUCCUAAGUCAGGUGGGGAUAAGUCUCGUGCACCAACGCUGUGCCUGGUGUGUGGCACAAUGCUGUGCUCUCAGAGCUACUGCUGCCAGACGGAGCUGGAGGGAGAGGACGUGGGAGCCUGCACCGCGCACACCUUCGCCUGUGGAGCUGGUGUUGGCAUUUUCCUCAGGGUGAGAGAGAGUCAAGUUCUGUUCUUGGCUGGGAAAACUAAGGGCUGUUUUUAUGCUCCCCCGUACUUGGAUGACUAUGGAGAAACAGACCAAGGGCUCAGACGGGGGAACCCCUUGCACCUGUGUCGUGAGCGCUACAGAAAGAUCCAGAAGCUCUGGCGCCAGCACAGCAUCACAGAGGAAAUUGGUCAUGCCCAGGAAGCCAACCAGACUCUGGUUGGCAUUGACUGGCAGCACCUGUGAGGUCACUUUCGAUCCAAGAAUUGUUCUGCUAACACCAACCCGGGUAUCUGCACAUUUUCAGCAGAGGUUGCCACGGCAACACCACCUCUUGCACACUCCUUUCCCUCCUUCCUAUUUUCCUCUACUAGAGUGGACGAAUGCAUGUCUUUUUUCCUUUUCUGUGUCUUUAGGGAGGUGUUUUUCCCCCCUUAGACUUUGUUUCUCCUUUGAUAUAAAUACAUAUUUAAAAAUAAUAAUAACUAUAAUGAUAAAAAAAUGCUAUAGCCAAGGUAUUUAACUGCCUGCAAAGGCUUCUCUUGCAACAUAAAUUCUCAGAGUAACUUCUCCAUAGGAAUGCUAUUUAAUUUCUGUUUGUCCCAGAUACUAUUAAAUUAUUUUUAAGCUAGUCAACUCAAAUAUCGAUUUAUUGAACAGGUCUCCAAUUGCUUUAAACAACGCUGGUGUUCUCUUUGAAGCAAGCACAAUGUUCCUCAAUGACCCUUGGGUCUCAAUAGUAGCCAUAAUGGAUUGGCGCCAUCUUCAGGCCAUAUGGUCCUGCCCCCCCUCCCCUCCUUUCCCGGUCACUGCAAUAUCUCUGCUAAGGGCAGCCAGCUACAGAAUGCUCUGUGAAAUGAAUUCAAGCUAAUGUGAGUCCUGCGAGUGCCUGGGUUGUCUGGAUUUGAGCGCGUGUGCUGAGAGUUUGCGUUUUUGUAUGUGUGCGGCGGGCGUGUGUCCAGUGUGAUGGAUUUCUAUGGUUGUCUGUUUACGUGAAUUUGAUAUUUUUGCAACACCAGUGUCAGUUUUUCAUCCCACUUUUGUAAUGGGUUAUUUAUGUGUAUCUUUACAUGUAACUUAAGGGGUGUACCAUUUCAUCAUAGCUGACCUCCAUUUUGGAAAAGUCUUUUGAAUUUUGCUUUUGUGCUUGAGGAAGUUUAUUACACAUAGUAACUUCACUAAAGUUUGUUUUUCUUUACUCACACCCCCCCAAAUCUGGCAGUUUUAAGCGUUUGACCUGCAACAGCAGAGUUGUUCUGAAAAAUGAAAUCCUAACAAGUCCUACAGAUGUUACAGAUAAACUAACGACGGAAAAUCAUGAUUUGCCCUCGGAUGGACACUCCACCAUGUCUCAGCAUCAGGUUUCUAAUAUUAGCCUGUGUGUGUGUGUGUGUGUGUGUGUGUGUGUGUGUCUUUUGUGAUGGAAGUCAAGCCAGGAACUUCUUAGCAAAUGGAGUUGAACAUAAAUCAUGUUUUGUUACGAGAGAAAUUAUUCCUAUUAUUUUUAGACUAUGUCUAAAGGCUAAUUCUCAAAUUUUAAUCUCUUACAUAAAUUGUUUUCUUAUCUUGGAAGCUCAAAUAAGAAUUGAUGAAACAGCAACACGGCUUUGGGUUUAUGUAGUGCAGAGUACGACAAAGGAAAUGUACAUGUACUUUUUAGUGAUUACUGGCAGAAUUAUGGUUGGUUAAACACCAGAUGAAAUCAAAUUUUUUUUGAGAAAAAGAUCCUGUUCUCUCACAGGAUAUGACAUUGGAAGCUCAGACCAUGAUGUUGAAAAAUGGUGCAGUGUCCAUUCAAUCAGAGGACAGUUCUCACAUAGGAUACACACACACACACACACACACACACACACACACACACACACACACACACACACACUCAACAGGGUUCCCUGGGUUUCAGUGCUCUCAAAGUAGGCAUGUAUCCUGACACUUCUCGUGUUGCAGUUGCAUCAGUAUACGACAUCAAAGACAUAUUUGUUAAUAUGUGAAUUAUUGUAUAAAUGGGUACCUUGUAUUAUAUUGUAAAACAAAAAUUAAAUAAAUAAGAAAAGCUAA